CUAUGAGCUGAAGCUCGAUGAAGCCAUCAUGAGUAUCAAAUUUGUUUCUUCCCCAUUUGCUGUCUUCUCACUUGUUUAGCCAGCUACUUAUUCACCUUGUUCCAUUUCUUCCAUUCUCCUCCUCCACCAUGGCUCUCUCAAACUCCUCCAUCAACAUCCUCCUCCUCAACCCAAACUCGUCUCUCGCCAUGACCAAGACCAUGGAGGCAGCCGCCAACACAAUCGCGGCUUUCUAUCCAGUAAUGCCUACCGCAAACCCACACAGCCCGUAGCUCGUCACCAAAACACUUGCUGACUCCUCCGAGUCCAUGUCCAUCAGCACAUACACAGCCCCGGGGCAGGCUCCGGCGAGCAUCGACAACCAACAAGGCAUAGACGCCAGCGUUGAGGCCGUCACCAACGACCCCGGCUUCAUGACCCGUCUCCGUUCCACGCCAUUCGAUGCUGUGCUCGUAGCGUGCUUCAGUGACCAUCCCUUGGUCAAGCAAUUGGCCUAUACGCUGAAACCUGUGCCUGUAAUCGGCAUUUUCGAAGCCAGCAUUCUGACCGCAUUGGCUCUCAUCCCCACGGCUGAAGCUGACGGAGUGCACGAGCAGCAUAAAUGGGGCAUUGUGACUACGGGGGCAUUCUGGGAGCCUCAUCUUUCCAACGGUGUGGCCGCCUUUCUAGGCUCCUCCACGGCGUCCUCAAGCUUCAGCGACGCCAGAUUCGCCGGCGUCUUUUCCACAGGCCUUAAUGCAGGGGACUUUCACACCAUGUCACAGGAUGAAAUCAACGUGCGUCUCAGGGAGGCUACUAAGCGGCUGCUCUCGUCUGGAAACAUCACCUGUGUCGUCAUGGGCUGCGGUGGUAUGGGGGGCCUGCAAGACAUGAUUCGCACCAUCGUCAUCGAGGAAUAUGGCCAGGAGAGAGCCAAAGACGUGUGUAUAGUGGAUGGAGUCCAGGCCGGUGUGCUACAGCUGCAGCAGACGGUGCUCAGCCGGCGAGUCUUUGGCAUCGUCGAAUAGAGUGGCCAAUCCUGGUAUGCACGUAUCUUCAGAGUGAGUACUAGCUGCAUACAGAAUGUCAUUCUCAUGACGAUACCGUCUUGUCUUGUCCUGGCAUGGCCUUGUACUCUUUAAUGACUCGCUAUAUCAACGUUGCGGUGUGGAAGCGUUUCUUAAAAUACCAACAUACAUGACGAUGCUCGGCCAACCGGCUUUGCGUGUACAACCACUCAAUGCAAGCAUACCUAUAUGCAUCUACAUCGUUGACCGCCCAUCCCCCGUCAUCCCAGUGGCUGUCUUCAAAUUAAGAAGCGCUACUGAAUCUUAAACAUGCCGUGUCAGACGCUCCAAUCAUACCAGCAGAUAGAACAUGUGCCUCUCAGACACAACGUCAUUUACAACACCGCAACUCUAUUAUUACCCUCGACUUGCACAAUGGUCUGCCUGUCUUGUCUUUGAUUUGUCUUGGGCCGUCUCAUCCUUCCCAAAGUGAGUGCUGCCAUGACAUUGAUUUUGGCUUGUCACACGCCGUAUUACCGGGCCUUUAUCUGCACCUCUGCCCCUUGUUCUAUUCCUACACCCUCAUACGGCAUCUAGCUUCCCUAUAUCCUUCUCCAUGUCUUUCCGGCGAUAUGAAAUGCCGUUAUCCCGUUCAUCUAGCCUACAAACCCCCGCGUAUAAAAGAAGCUCCUCUUUGAAAAAUACAGGAAAAGAAAGUAAAACAAUCUCUUCUUCCUGCUACCACCUGUCUUCAUGUGAUUGCACAACCUCGUAAAGCACGACCUUUUAUUUUGACACUUUACGCCGUGUAUUCGAUUCACGUUGCUCAUCUCCGACUUGUCUACACACACACCUUGCCCCCUUUUUCCCUCUUCUAGUUCCAAGACAGUAGCAACAUGGGACUCACGGCAAGCGACUUGAUCUUCCAAAGAAAACGCAGCAACCCCAAGAUGUGAAACAGAUGGUGUCCUUGACGGCGCAUGCCGUGUGACGGGGUCGCGAUUUGACGUAACCACACUUGUACGUAUUUUCUCUCCUCAGUGCUCUCCGUCAUUCUAAGCUGUCUGGGCUUAUCUUCAGUGGCACUGUGAAGUGUAAUUGAGAUGCGGGUAAAUCCGGGUGGAUUGUAGUUUUUUCCCUCCUUCGCCUCUUGUCUAUACUGUAGCUUUCACUCGCUGUCUUUUUAGAGUUAUAGUCAUGCGGCGUGUUGCCUUUGAUGUUGAAGGAAGAAAUAUUGAAAUAGCUCUAUUUAUCUAUCACCGUAGCCUUACAUUACACCCCUUGAACAAAAAAGAAAAGGUA